UAGCCUUCGUUAAAACUCUGAUAGAAGAUUGCCUUCACAAAUUAACUGCUAUAAAGUAAAGUGUUACUGGCAUCAUAAGUACAAUUAACAAAGAUGCAGUCACAGUAAAUGAAAAGAGACCACUCAACGUUUUUCAAAUCUUGCCAAACAAUUGGAUCAACAAGUUUCAAUUUCUUUUGAGAAUUCAUCUGGAAUUAGUAGUGAUAGAAGCGGUAAAGGAAUCGCUGAAAAUUUGGGCCACUGUUCUUUCGACGUAAUCGUUCUAUCUUAGGAAGUCUGUAUCAAAAAUUUUCCAGGAGUUCUGCUUAUUAUCCGAUGAUGGCAAGCAAAAUUUGCUUUCGCUAUUUUAGACUCUGUUUUAUUAUUUUUCUAUUUGUUUCAAUAAUUAUGCUGUUUAAAGCCCACUUUUAUUACCAGAACACCGCAGCAUAUUUGUCCCAAAAAAUUAUAUCCGAAAUACGGCAUGAAAUCUCCGCAGCUGAAAAUUGUUUGAAGACACCUUGGAAAGAUGACUUGGUAGGCUCCGUCAAAAUUCACCCCGAUGCUCCUUUUCACCAGCUAAGCAGGGGCUUGAGUAUGUUACUUAAUGGAUCGGAUGCUAGGCGACUUCUGGAAAUGUGCGCAGCUGCGAAUCAGUCUCCGGGUAAUUUGAGAGUGCUUAUGAUUAACUCGAGGGUCAAAUCGUUCUCACAGCGGAAAGCUCUUCGCGAGACCUAUCUCCCAAAAUUAAAGAGAGGACAAGCCAUCGGGGAGAACAAAAACCCAUGGGUCUACUUUUUUGCUAUAAGUCGCCCGUCAUCACAGAGUGAAACAGACGGUGUGCACGAAGAAAUCGAUCGUUAUGGUGACGUUAUUGUCUUCAAUACUCCAGAAGGUUACGAUUUGACACCGCUCAAAAUUCUCUCGGCUAUGAAACUCGCGUUUUGCUACUGUCCAAGUUUUGCAUACUUCAUGAAAAGCGACGAUGACACUUACAGCAGAAUCGGAAGAGUUGACGCUGCUCUGCGGAAGCUACAGAACCAUGUGGAUAUGAGAAACCCUGGUCUCCGAGUCAACUGGACUAACAGCCAAGUGUCAGCCGACGGUCACGUGCCUCUGAAUACCGCGGGUAUGUGUCAAGUCCAACGAACCCCACGCAACAACCACCAUCAUAUUCCCUUUGUAGUGAUACCCUCUUUAUAUUUGCCCUUUGAGUCAUGCACCGGUCAGUUGUCUAUUUGGGCCAGACCCUUAAUUCAAAACUUAAUUCAAAAAUGUGCCCAACAUUGUGUUGGCUUCUACGGAGACAGUGCCAGUUUCAACUUUUCACGACCUUGUUUCUGGCGACCUGAGGAUUUGUGGCUCGGGUCGUGCGUGCACGCUUAUUUUAAUGGAAAAAAGGUCACAAAACAGCUCACUGACGGACGACGCACAAUGUCAGAUAUCCCAACAGAGGACGGCAAACCUGGCAAGUUUUACGCGGAAAACAUAAUAAUAAGAGACAGAAAGACACCGGAGAUGUUAAGAGAGGCACACAGCUUCUUCGAAAAGCUGGACGAAGUAAACAAAUACCCCAUACACAUGAUGGGAUGGUUUCAGAAAUAAGUUUAAUUAUAAUCUCAUCACGUAUUGGUUCUCCAAAUCUGCGCAUGUUUUCGUUCCAUCUAUUUUCAUGCACCAUUUCUACGCUAAUUUUCAUCUGCGUUGCAAACUUUGAAAUUGCAACUUUGUUCAUUAUCGUUUUCUGUGCUAUUACCAAUUGGCACUUCUUAAAUUGUAAAUUGUUGUAUAGAUACCGGUUUUAAAGCAGGAGCAAUCGCUCUUUUACUAUGGAUUUUUUUUAGGAUCGGCUAUGACUGGGCACCAAUUGGGGCUUUUU